AGAGUACUUCCAGGUCGAGGUGUUUCUUGUUGCCCAGAGCACGUGCGCACGGGCCACCCGGCCGCCCCGCGCUUGCCAUGCUCGCCGCGGCCGCGCUGGCAGCGCUCCUGGGCUCGGCCGCGGCCGCGCCGGAGGCGGCUUCCUCGGCCCCACCGACCGCCGCGGCGCCGAGAACGCCGCUCAACCCGAUCACGGCCGAAAGCGACAUCGACCCUCACGGGGGGUGCAAGGACCUCGCGAACCGAGGGGUACAGCGCGGGCAGGGCAAGGUAGUGGCCUGCGUCGCGAUGAGCCUGAGAAAGGCGAAGGUAUGGAGCAAGAAAGGUUACCCAGAAGAGCUCGACCCGUGCAUCGAUGAUUUUCGCGAGUUCAAGAUGGCGGCUCUUCGUGCCAACCCCCUCGACCCAGCGAACCUUUGGUCCGCGGAGCCCGUGACGGGCAUUCGCGAAGCCUGCAGGGAGGACGCCGCCAGGGAGUGCCCCACGAUGCUCGGGCCCGUCCUGAGCGACUGCCUCAGGAAGAAGCGGAGCACGACUGGCAAGCUGUCCCCCGCCUGCGACGCAAAGGUAUUUUCAAUGCAGGAGAUGCUCUCCAGGGACGCAUCCAUGGAGAAGGGGUUGUUCGACGCUUGCAAGACGGACAUGGAGAAAAUCCCAAGCUGCAAGUUGCGCCAGUCUUCUGGGGUACCCAUCCACUGCCUCAAGGAACACCGGUUCAACCUCAGUGAGCCGUGCCGCGGCAAGUUGUUCGGCUGGGAGGUAGAGUCAGCACAGGACCUCCGGCUGAACAAGAAAGCCAUGGACAUGUGCGAGGAUGAGAUCGAGUCGGUCUGCGGCAACAAGGCGUUCGGCGAUGGCACGAUGCUAAACUGCUUGUGGGAGAGCCUCUCGACGCCCGCGAAGCACUCGGUGGCCAGGUUCAGCUCGAAGUGCACAUCGGUAGUCAAGAAGCUGACGGUGCGGGCCAAUCAAGACUACCGCCUGAACUUCAAGAUCCGGGACAGCUGCGCCAAAGAAGUGGACGAGAUGUGCAGCUCCGAAAAAGAAGCCGCCGACAAGAUGAGCCUGCAAGAGCUCUUCGGGACGAAGCGGAAGGACCGGGACAAUUCUGCAAAGUCGGGCCAGGUGCUCCGCUGCCUGAAGACACAUUUCGCCAACAUCACAUCGGCGUCCUGCAAGGCAGGGAUCGUGCAAGUAGUCCGCACCCAGGCCUUGGACGCGAACGCAGACGCGGUCCUCUCGCGUGUUUGCCAGGCCGACAUCGACCAGUACUGCGACAGUUCCCGUCCAGAGGAUGCGCACAAAUGCCUCCGGACGAACAUGGACAAGCUGAGCAGUGAAUGCCGGAGCGCCGAGGUUCUCCAGGGUCAGCUGGAGGCGGGCGAUGUGUACAUGAAGCCCGCGAUGGAGAGCGCCUGCCAGGUCGCGAUCUCCCGGUACUGCAGCGAAGUGCCCCCGGGCAGUGCCCGGGUCAUCCGAUGUUUGCAGGACUUCGUGGACGACCCGGGCUUCCCUUCCAACUGCAAGAAAGAGGUAAUAGUCGACAUGCAGGCAAGCAGCAAAGACUGGCGCCUGAAGUAUGGGAUCUCGCACACGUGCGAAAGGGACGCCAGCGAUCACUGCGGCGACGACCUGGAAGAGGGGGCUGGUAAGGUUCUCGGAUGCUUGAAGCAGGCUUACAUCGACAAAAAGAUUAAGGCCGACGCUUGCAACGCAGAGAUUCUUCGUUUUGUCUCGCAGGGGGUGAACGACAUCAGGAUGGCGCCCAACACGUACCAUGCUUGCGUCAGUGACGUCGAGGCGCUCUGUGAGGAUAUUGAGCCUGGCCGUGGCCGUGUGCACGAUUGUCUUCUCAAGCACAAGGCCGUUCUUUCGAGCGCUUGUGCGAAAGAGGAGUUCAAGACACAAGCGAUCCGAACAGGCAACAUUAGGGCUGAUGAAAUGGCAGCUCGCGCUUGCAAGACGGCGAUGACCACGUUCUGCUCAGACCUGACGGCAGGUGAAAGCCAGAUGUGGCAGUGCCUCGCGAGGCACACGUCAGAUACCGGCAUGCCCAGGGAUUGCAGUGUCGCGGUUCAGAAAAUCCUCGCUCUUCAGCACUCCGAGUUCUUCCUCGACCCUGCCAUGUCCAAACACUGCAAGGCGGACGCGCAGCGCAUCUGCAACGAUUACUUCACUGUUGCAGAGUACAAAGACUUCUCGAGCCUCGGUGAUGUCACCACUUGUUUAAUCCGUCAACUUGACCAGGUGAAGAGCUCGGAUUGCCGCGGCGACAUUCGGAGAAAGGCUUCGGAGAGGCUGAAGAGUGUCAAGCUUGAUCCCGUGAGGCAGAAUAUGUGCGAGUUCGACAUAGGUCAAUACUGCAGUGAAGAGUCGAGAGGGGGAGACGGAGGCAAGGUGCACGCUUGCUUGGCCAAUAACUUCAAGGACCUGACCGCUAUGUGCCAGGACGUCCAGAAGACCUACAUGGUUGUGGCGUCAUCAGACGCCCGCGUCAACGUCCCCGUGGACAGGUUCUGCAAGGCCGCCAAGAAACAAUUUUGUGAGUCUGUCGAAGAAGGCCAAGGCAGAAUGAUGACUUGCUUGUUGGACCACAUGCACGACAAUGGCAUGGACACAGCGUGCAGGAAGGUUCUCGUUGACGAGUCGAAGAAGCGCGCCAUGGACUACGACUUCAACGUGAAGCUGAAAAGGGCCUGCGACCCCCUGCUCGCGAAGCUGGCGGGUGCCAAGCUGCCCGACGGCAGCGCCCUGCGGUGCGACCAGUCGCGGGAGAACUGGCAGACGAUCUGCCUGACCGAACACGUCUACUCGAUCAAAGGACAGGGGUCGGCGGCUUGUCAGGCCGAGGUUCGCAAAGUGCUGAAGCUUCAGAGCGCCGACCUUCGCGCUCGGCCGGGAAUGGAAGGCGCGUGCUCGAUAUCAAUCGCCUUUGCGAAGGCGUCGAGGCCGGUGCGGCAAGGUGGCACGAGUGUUUGAGGGAGAAACUGGAUGACAUCUCAAAUGCGGAGUGUAAGAAGGAGGUCACCGUGUUCGCCAAGGUGGCGGGCACUCAUGCGACAAUUGACUUCACGAUCCGGACCAAAUGCGCCAAUGAGAUGAAGUCGUUCUGUAAGGACACUCCUGCUGGAGAUUCGCGAAUGAUGGUGUGCUUGAAGGUAAACGUAAAGGAAGAGGCAGAUGGCUUCUCGAUGGCUUGCAAAACUGCCCUGGCCAGAUCUGCGGGCGUAGAGGACAUCGCCACCAAAAUGUUCAAUUUCUCGCAGAGGAAGGAGAAUGCCCUGGAGCAGGUGCAGGAAUUUAUCUACGAACAUGAGAGUUUCACAGACAAGUGGAGUGUAAUGAUGCUUGUCGGCACCGUCGGCUUUAUCGCGGUGUUGUCGUUCGCUGUUUCUUAUUGCAUUUUGCAGCGGAGGUUCAACAAGGUGAUGUACACCGUGGCGCAGCCAGACUCGGCGUGUUAGGAUGGUAUGCCCGUGCAGAUACAGCUCGUGCGGCGCGCAGGCUGCGUCCGUAGCUGCUCGCGUCAGACCUCCUUCGACACCCAUCUCAUUUCUUCACCCUCCCCGCGCCGCGGCGGCGGCCACCAUGCGGAAGGUCUGGAAAGUGGAGGCGGAUGUCGAGGGUUGCGCAAGUGUCGCCAAGAGAGUGACCCAAGGGCCGCUCUGUGGCAGCGCGGCCCAGACACAUUGCCUGCCCAAUCGACGACGCCUGCGGCGAAUCUCCGCCGCCCCCUGCCAGUUGUGAGGCGCCUGUGUGGU